AAAUGAUUACGAAAAAUUGCGAUCUCGCGAUGAUUUUCACGUUGAGCGAAUAGUGUUCGAAAAUGAUGAUUCGUUCAUACGCUCAAUGAAACAAUUUCUCUUUUCUUUCUUCUUAUUCUUUUUAUUCACAAACUGUGCAUGGUGACAAAAUAUUUGCAGUGACACAUAGAUCUGUAAAAUUCUGUCAGGAAGAAGCUCGACUACAUUCAAGCACUCGCAAAGUAAACUCACCAAAAAAUUUAAUGUCUGUACAUAUUUGUCUCGAGUUGGAGACUGAAGAACCUGAGGCUUACAGCCUGAUGAAAAUGUGGCAGCUGAUAAAAAAUGUCAGUGUAAAUGUUCCAUUUGAUAUUGACGUCAUCGUCCGCAGGUCCAGAAAAUUGAACUAGAGUUCAUCUAGUUUAUUUCGAUUGGGAAAAUAAAAUUAAUCAAACUUUGAAGUAUAAGGUCUCAGUUAUUGACGAUUUUUUAUAUACUACACAAUUCCAACGCUUUUGAAUGUCGAAAAUUCGAUUCAUUCUUAUUCGUUCACAUAAAUCAUGUAGUACAAGACAAAUGACAUAGAUUUUUCCUUCCCUACAGUUGUUGAAACACUCAUGAUUAAGAAAACAGUACAUAGGUAUGAUCGCAAAAUUCUGUUCCUAGCGGAUUAUAAAAAAUCCAUUGUAAUAAAGAAAAUCAAUUGCCUAUAACGCCAAGGCCAAAAAAGCCAAGAUGUCGCUCACACAAGGUGACCCGGAUACUGCGUGCAAAGUUUUUAAGUGCCAUCCAAAUUCAAAAGUGCCUAAAAUAGUGAUAUGUCUUAUAUGUGAAAAUGUAUAUCACGAAGGUAAUUUUAACAAAUAUUCAAAGGGGCAAUUUUUAAGUGAAAUGCUUGUAACAUGUCCUAAAUAUCAGCAUGAGAACCUAACCUCAAAAACUUGUUAUGAUGUAAACACUUUGGAUGAAAAUGCCAGGAAAAUAAUAACGCAAAUAAAACUUUUUCACAAGGAGGAAUUACGUAGUGAGCUUUGUAAUAAUAUCACACUAAAUAAUUCUAAAAACAUCUCUGAUGUAACUGAUUUUGAACUAGAUGAAACUUCAUCAUUUAAGAUGGAAAAUGAAUUACUACGGCAGUUAAAUGCUGAGCUACAAGCUCGUAACAACCUACUAGAUAAACUGGUCGAAAAAAGUAAUUUGUUUACUAAUAAUACUACAUCUUAUGCUGAAAUUACUAAAUGCUCUACUGUUAAACCGACUGAAAAAGUACCAAAAAUACUGGUGAAAGCUAAAAACAAUAAUAAUAAGGAAACUUCUACCAAAGUUAAAAUGAAAUUAACUACUGACCUGUCCAUCCCGAUUAACAACGUCAGGAAAAAUACUGAGGGUCUGGUAUCGAUAAAGUGUAAAAACACUAAUGAUAUUCCUAGAGUUAAAUCUGUGUUAAGUGAGAAACUUGGUAGUGACUAUUGUGUCUACCUUGAACAUUUAAAUUUACCAAAGAUUAAAGUUAUAAAUAUUGAAAAUAAUAUGGACCGAGAUGAAUUAUGUGAGGAUAUAUAUAAUAGAAAUUUCCUUGAUCUAGAUGGUGCAUUUAAUAUUAUUGCCGACUACAAAAAUCCUAUGGAUAAGAGGUCUUUAAUCAUGGAACUUACAGCUGAAUCUUAUCUACACCUUAAAAAUAAUGGAUUCAAAUUAUAUGUUGGCUACCAGUGCUGUCAUGUACUGGACUAUUUUAACUUUAAUCUGUGUUACAAAUGUGGCAGAUACAAUCAUAGCUACAAAAAAUGUAACAAUCAGGUUAAAUGCCUCAAAUGUGCUGGUGAUCAUCUUACUACAGAUUGUAAAAGUGAAAUAACAAAGUGCCUAAACUAUGUUUACUACAAUGACAGAUAUCAUAAAAACAGACCGGCUAAUCAUUGUGCUACGGAUACAUGCUGUGAAUAUCUUGUUUUCAGACUAAAUAAAAUAAUAAAUAAUACUGACUAUCCUGUUAAACCAUUAAUACCGAACUCAGUGGGUAAACUAGGAAACAAAUCUAAUCCAAAUAGUCAAUAA